CAUAACCUUAUUUUUCCAAAAGUUAUUUAUUUUGAUUGUGAAUCUGUACCGCUAUUAUAUACCUAUUACAAGUUAAAAAUAACAUUUUUAGUGCAGUUUCCUAAUUGUUUUAAAAUACGAACCAAUAAAUCAAUGUUAAUUAUUAUUUAUUAGUAAACUAUUAUCAAAAUGAGGCCUAAAAGGGGAAGAAACUCUGGAAAUCGGUGGAAAUCCCAUAAUAAUCAACGUACUCCUCAAAACAGGGGGCCACGUGAAUAUAGACACUCAGACCAAUUAACCGAAAAAGAUGUUGGGAUAACAGAAUAUUUAAGCCCUCUAGAUGGAUUUUCAGGAAUAAUAAAGGCUAGGUAUUCAGAUUUUCAACUCAAUGAAAUCGAUUUAGAGGGAAAUAUUGCAAAAUUGACCAACAUGGAUAUUCCUAAAGAUUUUUCCUUAAAAAUGGUUAAAUAUAAUUAUAAUGAUAUAAUCGAAAGCCCUAAUGAAAAUAUACCCCAAGAAAUGUGGGAAUCUAUCAAAAAACUUGUUGAUGACAGUGAUGCUGAGCCAAUCAUUUUAAAUGCUGAAAACAUUGAUAAAGGGGCCAGAUCACAAAUUCACGGAUGUAUAAAAAGUCAUUUUGGAAGGAAGAUAAUAUUAUCUACAGUGGAUUUGGAUGGCAAAAAAGUUAUGAAAUUCGAGAAAUUCACAAAAGAUAUAGUAGUUGAUACUCGUUCACAAUGGCCAGCUGAUAAAGGUGAAUAUGUAUACUUUAUAGUCUAUAAAGAAAAAAUGGACACCCUUGAGGCAGUGUUCAAAAUAAGUUCAGCUAUAGGAAUAGGUUCAUCACAAUUUCACCAUGCUGGAAAUAAAGAUAGAAGGUCCAUAACAUCACAGUGGUUUUCUGUCAAAAAGUUAGAUCCAUGGAAGCUUAUUGUCAAAACCAAUAAGUUACCAAACAUAAGAAUUGGAAAUAUAACAUUCAAAGAUGUUCCACUUAGGUUGGGACAAUUAAAAGGUAACAAAUUCAGAAUUGCCUUAAGAAAUGUUACCGCAACAGAUGAAAUUAUAAAUGAAGGACUGAAUUACUUAAAGGAGAAUCAUUUUAUCAAUUACUAUGGUUUGCAGAGAUUCGGAAAUGACAAAGAAGUUCCUACAUAUCAAGUAGGAUUAAGUUUGUUGCAAGGCAAAUGGAAAGAGGCCAUAGAUCUAAUUCUCAAACCUAAACUGUCUGAUGAUCCUUAUUCUAAUCAGUCUGAUAUCGUUAAAGCCAAAAAAAUCUAUUCUGAAACAGGUAUUGCUAAAGACGCAUAUGAAGCUCUUAAUAGAAAUAGAGGUAAAUCUGUGGAAGGUAAACUUUUGGAAGGUUUGAAAAAGAACAAUCAAAACGAUUAUGUAACUGCCUUAGAGAGGGUUCCUAGAUCAAUGAGAUUACUUUACUUGCACGCUUUUCAAAGUUUAAUUUGGAACAGAAUGGUAUCAAAAAGAUUACAACUGUUUGGUAGAAAACCUGUUGUUGGUGAUUUGGUGUUGAUCAAUGAUAUUGAAGGAAUUCCCGAACAGGAAGAUGUAGAAACAAACGAAUCAGAAGAAGCUAACUCAAGUAAAAAAGAUGAUACUGAAAUUAAACCUAAGAUGCAAGUUAAAUGUUUAUGUGAAGAGGAUUUGGAUAAAUAUUCUAUAUUUGAUAUCGUUUUACCUCUUCCUGGAUACGAUGUGAUCUAUCCAGAACAUAUGAAAACAUAUUACAAGGAAAGCGUUGAAGAACAUGGAUUAAAUUUGGAAAUGACUAAACAACGAGUGAAAACAUACACACUUUCAGGCAGCUAUAGGAAAAUAUUCGGAAAAGUUGAAGAUUUGACAUGGAAAAUAGUGAAUUACAAUGAUCCUACAGACAAUUUAAUAUUAUCAGAUUUGCAACAGUUGAAAGGAGAAACCAAAUUACAAAUUGAUGAAAAUGGACAGUAUAAAGCUCUAAUUAUGGAAUUUUCUUUAUCAUCUUGUAGUUAUGCAACGAUGGUAUUAAGAGAAAUUAUGAAAAUUGAUACUUCAUCUAAUUUACACUCAAAAUUAAAUAAUUAUCAAAAAGUGAAUAAAGAAGAAGAGGAAGAAAGCAUUUCUACAACAAGCAGUCUUUUAAUGGAUCCAGCCAAGUUUGAAUCAUUCAAAAAUACUAUUUUUAAUGUUGGUGGAGAAAAGAGGCCAGCUUGUGAGAGUGAGGAACCUUCUAAAAAGCAAAAAUUGGACGAUACAACUGAAGAUAAGACAGACGAAACGAUAAUGUGAACGUUAAAAAUUUAAGAUAAGUUGAAUAAAUGUUUCUUUUUAAUAA